AUGUCCGGGUCCGACAGCAGCGACUUUGUGCUUGCCAAUGGCUCGGACACUGGCAAGUCGGUCGUGCACGCCUCGCUACAGGCCGCCACAUCCACCUCCUCGCCUGGGCCCAGCCUAAUAUUCGAUGACCCCGUGUGUAUUGUUGGCAUGGGUAUGUCCUCCUACAUUGUUGCUGACGGAGAUGGUGGUGACUGGCUCUCACUUUUUUCUCCAACAGCGUGUCGUCUUCCAGGCCAGAUCAGAUCGCCUUCCGAUCUAUGGACAUUUUUAUCCAACAGCCGAUCGGUCCAAGGCCCAGUGCCUCCGGAGCGUUUCAACAUCAAGGGCUUCUACCAUCCAGACGGCUCUCGGGCCGGAGCUAUGAAUGUACUCGGGGGAUACUUUCUGCAGGAAGAUGUCCGGGAUUUCGACAACAGUUUCUUCGGGAUAAACAAUAUAGAGGCAACAUAUAUGGACCCUCAACAGCGCAAGCUGCUCGAGGUUGUCUUUGAAUGUUUCGAGGAUGCCGGCGUAUCGAUGGAGGCCGUGUCUGGCUCCGAGACGGGGGUCUAUGUUGGCAACUUCACGGUCGACUACCAGGCCAUGCAGACUCGAGACCUGGAUUACAUGCCCCGGUUUGUGGCAACGGGGUCAGACUCAGCCAUCAUGUCGAACCGGAUAAGCCACGUCUUCAACCUUUAA